AUGACAGAUUUAUUGGAGCAUUCAACAGCAUACACUGUGAGCGACGCAAAUAAUAUUCACACAUUGUUAUUUAAUCAGACAGAGUCUGGUUACAAUAAACUGGUGCUACCAGCCUACCCAGUAAUUGUUAGUGCAGAAUACAACUUGCUGGCUGUCAAUGCACUGGUAUGGAAUGAUAGCCGAUUGGCCUGGAAAAAAUCGUCCUAUGGAAAUGUUGAAUAUAUAUAUGUACCUGAGGAUGUAGUUUGGCACCCCGAAUUGAUUGUGCAGAAUUCGGUUUUGGAAUUAAGAAAAAAUCUUGGUGCUGAAAAAACAGUCCGAAUACAAUAUGACGGAGAAGUACGAUGGGAACCACCCGCUGUUCUGUCCACUUCGUGUGACAUGGAUGUUACGUUCUUUCCAUAUGACAGUCAAACUUGCGACAUAGAAUUGGCUAGCUGGGGUUUCCCUGCAGACGCUGUUAACCUUACAUUCUUCAAAACUCAUAUAAAUUUAGAAGACUACAGACCAGAUGGAGAAUGGGAUCUUACAACAACCUCCCAGUACCCAUCUCAGCUAAUUGAAGACGACCUGGUGUUUUCGGAACUAUUGUUCCGAAUAGAGUUAGAAAGAUUUCCGGGUCAUUACAUCAUGAGUGUUAUAUUUCCGACCAUUUUAACUGCUGUUUUAACAUUUGUUACGUUUUUUCUGCCACUUCAAUCCGGAGGCAAGAUCGGAUAUAUCCUGACAGUGUUACUUGCUUUAGCUGUUUUAUUGACGUUAUUUUCAGGCAGUAUGCCUACAACUUCAAAACAUACAUCAGUUCUAGUGGUAUUUCUAACGGUAACAUUGGGAAUGGCCUGUCUUGUGAUUAUCUUUACGAUAUUCAUCAUAAGACUUUUCCAUCAACCAGAACACGACAAGGCUCCCAACUGGAUGCAUUCUUUGGCGAGAAAAUUUAUGAAAUUAAAGUGCAGAGCUGGAAGAAUAAAUCAUCUUGAUCAAAGUCAGGUUGCAGAGCAUGCCAAACCGACAGAAGGAGGAGACUGUCUAGAGAGUAGUGAGCCAUUUAAACCUUACAGCAACAAGGAGCUAGCAGAAUUCUUUGAUUAUUUUCUGUUUGCAGUUUUCACAGUUUUUUAUGUGAUGGUUCUUUUAUGUUUCCCAAUAGUACUGAGCGCUUCAAACUGAUACACAUAAACUACAUAUACUGAGGAUUCAUUAUUUUUUUAUUGGUACCAAUUUUUGUGGACUGAGGGAAAAUAGUAUUUUCAAGGAUAUUUGAUUUCGUGGUUUUGCAAAGUCUUUAUACAAGCCUGUAGAAAUGUUGUACUUCGUUGAACAUUUAUUUGAGUUCACAUAUACCCAUGAAAUCUACGUCAAUUGGUAUCCCAUAAAUAAUAAUGAAUCCACAAUAUGUUUCAGGUUAGUUUCGUCACUCACUGAAUCACAUAACAUUGUACAAAUCUUUAUUGCUUAUGAUUUACAAAUAUAAUUACUAAAUGCUAAAGCUAAAUCUGGAGUGAAAAUUUAAGGAAUUGAGGAUCGUUUUCGCACGUUUUGGGUUUACUUUUGUGUAGUGCUUUUAUAAAAUGAUGUUGCAGGCAACAACUUACCAAUGCAUACAUGUACAUUCAAUUAAACCAUCGAAUUUGCGUACUGUGCUUCAGCAAUCAAGAUUUGUACGAAGUUAUCACUACGUGAAUUGUUAACAGAAUCAUGUAUAUACAUUUUGCACAUGUAUAACAAAACCCUACAAAUCGAUUGUUGAUUGUUUCAAAUUAUAAUGGAUAUGUCUUUACGAGCAUAAACAUUUCUGCUGUCAAAAAUGUAUUCAUCGCAAUAGAAAUGAUAUAGAAGAGAUUUAUUUAAUAUAGUAUUUAACAAUAUUCCGUAAAAUACAUCAUAAUAGUGUUGUCAAAAUAAAUACAAAUACUAUAAAUAUAUAUUAUGAUACAAAACUACCAGACAUCCAAAUUAUAGAAAUGAUACAGUAAACGACAUCCAAAAUUUUGAUAUUUAUUAAAUAGUUACGUAUCCCUGACUGCAUUUGGCUUUACUCUUGGUCUUGUUUGGUUUGAUCAGCUGUUCAACGUUUGUAUUAUAUUUUGAUAUUUCAACUAUGUUGGCACCUUGCAUUACUGAAGGCACAUUAUUUUUUAAAUGCGCUUCUGUUACAUGUAUUAUCUUGAAACGUAUCAUCACGUAAUAUGUCUUAUAUGAAACACAAGUUUAGUAUAUUUUUGGCCUUUCCUAUUUUAGUUUUUUUUUCCUAAAUAAUUUUAAAAUUUCUGUCCAUAAACCCUCAUAUCCAGUGGUAUUCUUAAUAUUCAGCACUUCAUCCCGGUCGACCAUUUAUUAAAGGACCUAUCUUUGCAUAAUUGUUUAUUUGUUCUCGUCCUGAACAUACAUGAGGUAUUUGCCACUAAAUUAACUCAUCAUAGAUACCAGGAUUGAAAUUUUGUAUUUGCGCAAGACGCGCGUUAAUGGAUGUUUAGCAAAAAACAAAUAAUCAAAAUCAAUCAAACAGUAUCUUGUAUUAGUGCUUUUUCAGAAUGCAUUUCGAGCUGAAUGCCAUGUUGGCAUUUUCGUUGUGUGGAUUUUAUUAUUCUAAGUUUUGCCUUCCCCUACUCAACACUCUACUGUUGUUUUCUGGUGUAUUUGGGAGUUUUAUUUGAUAUGAAGUGAACUAUUUAGUAUAUUGGUUCUAUACUGUUGUUUGUUUUGUUUGUGUUUUUUUUUCGAUAUAGAUAUUUUUGUUUUAGUUUUGCUACUUCCCUUUUGACGCCAUACUAACGUAUGGUUUAGCUCCCCUUUUUUGACAUCAAUAUUUCUGUUUUCGUACAAUGCUGACGUAUGGUUGAAUUCUCAUUUGGAUGCCAUGCUGACUUUUAUUUUAACAAACCCCGUUGUAUCAUGCUAACAUAUGAUUCGAGUAACCAAUUUCCACCAUACUCGCGUGCGGUUAAAUUUUUUUUUUUUAUACCAUGCUGACUUAAAGUUUAACUUUCCCUAUCAAAACUAUGAUUACAUGCAUGUAUGUUCCAGUGAUAUAUGUACAAUGCUAGGGUAGACUAUAGAUAUUUUGUUAAGACCACAUUGACGUAUUGUAAAAAUGCGUAUUGACACCAUGACACUGUCAGGUUUUUUUUAAUUGUAAUUGAUUCAGAUAAACGACCUUUCUGAUGCUAUGAUAAUAUAUAGUAUAAAAGUCCUUAUGUAUAUUUACCAUACUGAUGUAUUGUUUUGAAACCUUAUUUAACUAGAUGUACUAUAAAUUAGUCUUUUAUGUUCAGUUUUGCAUUAGACAAUGUUAGAUAUAGCAUUCAUAGAAUAAUAUAAUUUAUUUUAUAUAUUAUAGCAGGGGCCCUUUUGUUUCCUUUAUUUCGAUUUAAAAUCUUGGUUGAUCUUUAAUGUGAUAUCUUAUUCCAAAUUUUCAACUUGAA